GAGAGAAAAAAAAAACAGAGAAAAAAAAGCGAAACCCUAAUCAGCGUCGUUCGACAGUGACCAGGCGCACGUCUCAUAGGCGACGACUCAUUGUUCGAACGGCGGCAGCGCGGUGUUACCCACGAACAGCAGCGGGCGCGCUUUUCCUCUUCUUUUCCGGGGACUGCUCCAGCUUUCCAGCGAACGGCGACACCAGUGACACUUACCCCUCUGCGCAAUCGGACCACACCCGACUAACCCGAUUUGGAUUACCCGUAGCCUGUGUGAAGUUCAAUUUGCAAGUACAAACCCAUUCGAUCACCGUCCAGCAACAAUCCAGUUUUGGAGUCUUUCAAACACUUUUCAGCCAGGCUCUAAGUCCAUUUUAUUGAACCAUUAAUGUGUAAGAAGAGAGCUGCAAUUCUUGCUAGACGCUCCUUAAUAGCACUAUGCAACGCACGAUCUUCAUGUAGCUCCUCAGUAUCAAACAAAGCCCUAAAUCAAGUUAGAAAUUUAAGCAUUGCUUCUGAAAGAGAGGAAUAUCAGAACGAUAAUGGAUAUCAUGCAGAUAACUCUUUGCAGAGUUACCAAAGCCAUGGUGGAUUUAGCAGUGACAGCCAAAGCCCUGGGUAUUAUCAGCAUCAUGCCCAACGUGCUAGUUUCCAAAGCUCUUCUUGGCCUAAUCAGAAUAUUCUACUUGAGCGUAGAGAAAAUUUAACUGCUUACAAUGGGUUUAACAAUGGAGAACUGCAGCAGAACAAUUAUGAGGUUUCUGGACAGAAUUCAUGGGGCACACAGAUGGAAUCCAGACAAUUUGUACAUGGCAACAGCCUAAAUUACCACAAUUCUAUGCCAGGACUAAACAAUCAUAUUCCCGUCUCAAGACAAUAUGAGCAAAACUCUAUGUCUCAGCCACAUCCACAGGGGCAAUACCAACAAGGUGGCAGUGUUGAACUAUAUCAGCCAAACCCAGAUACUAUUCAGAGUCGCACAAUUGGUACUCAAGUAUUAAACAACACCAAUGCUGAUGAGGAAAUUGGCGUGACUAAGGAUAACCCAUAUGGUGGUACCCUUGAGGAGCUUGAUGAAUUCUGCAGGGAAGGAAAAUUGAAGGAGGCUGUGCAAAUUCUUGAAAUGUUAGAGAAACAAAACAUUCCUGUUGAUUUAUCCCGGUAUUUAAAUUUGAUGAAUGCAUGUGGGGAAGCAAGGUCCCUAGAAGAAGCCAAAGUGGUUUGUAAGUACGUAAUAAAAUCUCAAACCCCUCUCAAAGUUAGCACCUAUAACAAAAUUCUGGAGAUGUACUCUAAAUGUGGUUCCAUGAAUGAUGCCUAUCUGAUAUUCAAUAAAAUGCCCAGCCGCAACCUAACAUCUUGGGAUACUAUGAUUACGUGGCUUGCUAAGAAUGGCCUAGGGGAAGAUGCUAUUGACCUUUUCUACGAGUUCAAAAAAACUGGGUUGAGAAUCGAUGGAAAAAUGUUCAUUGGAGUUUUCUCAGCAUGUAGUGUCUUGGGAGAUGUUGAUGAGGGGAUGUUACACUUUGAAUCAAUGACAAAAAAUUAUGGCAUUACUCCUUCUAUGCAUCAUUAUGUUAGUAUAAUAGACAUGCUUGGUAGUGUAGGUUAUGUAGAUGAAGCUUUGGAGUUCAUUGAAAAUAUGCCAUUUGAGCCAGGGGUAGACAUUUGGGAAACAAUGAUGAAUAUCUCUAGAGCUCAUGGGUUGAUGGAGCUUGGUGAUCGUUGUUUUGAGCUUGUUGAGCAGCUUGAUCCCUCUCGCUUAAAUGAGCAGUCAAAAGCUGGCCAUCUGCCUAUAAAAGCUUCAGACCUUGCAAAAGAGAGAGAGAAGAAAAAAUUAGCCAACCGGAACCUUUUAGAAGUCAGGAGCCGAGUACAUGAAUAUCGAGCUGGAGAUACUUCUCACCCUGAGAAUGACAGGAUCUAUACCUUGCUUAGGGGUUUGAGAGAACAAAUGAAGGAGGCUGGUUAUAUUCCAGAGACUCGAUUUGUACUCCAUGAUAUAGAUCAGGAAGGCAAAAAUGAUGCUCUACUUGGUCAUAGUGAGAGACUUGCUGUUGCAUAUGGUCUAAUCAGCAGCUCAGCCCGCUCACCCAUAAGAGUAAUUAAGAACCUUCGAGUUUGUGGUGAUUGCCAUAGUGCACUAAAGAUAAUUUCAAAAAUUGUGGGUCGAGAACUCAUCAUCCGUGAUGCUAAGAGAUUUCACCAUUUUAAAGAUGGAUUAUGCUCUUGCCGUGAUUACUGGUGAAGAAAAUGAAACUUGAGGCUUCAUCAAGGUGAACCAUGAGCUCCAUUUCUAUUUUUGCUAGUUGGAGAAGUUCUAAGCGGAUACAUGGAUAAAGGUAUGUCUAUGACGGUUUUAAAGGCUUUUUUGUUGGCAAAGAUGGGAUUCUUGCAGGAAAUAAUUUUUCAUCGAUCAAAUGAAAAAUCACAGAGAAAUAUGGAAAAAUUUUCACAGAAGAAAUGACAACUAAGGCUAUCUGAACAUCUUACAACACUGGCCAAAACAAACCAUACUAAUUCUUGAUGAAAAAGAAAAAUCUUUUAACAAAAAACAAAAUCUAGGACAGCACACUAUGAUGUCAACAACUGGAAGUUUCAAACUCUUAAACCACCAGCAGCAGCUUUCUUUCGAGCUCCCACAUUAGUCAAAACAAACUGCCGACGGCAAAAACUCUUCCUCCCAAAACAAUGGACCAGUCAUUUCAACUUGAGCACCAUCUACCUUUGGAACCAACAACAAAUAGAGAAAACCAAACUUCAAGAACUCUUAAGAACUUGUAAAACUCGAAAUGAAUGACAAUAACUUGAACAAUCUUUUGCCUCCAUAACUUUGAAACAAUUUUGAGACCUUUUCAGGCUUCAAAGUAAGUCAAACAAAUUCAUGGUGAGCAAUAUAAGCGACAUAAGAUUUUUUUAGCAUGGCUUAUAAAGUGCGUGAGUUUUGAACCUCUACCGUCGGGGGGAAAUUUUGAAAGGAAAGAGGUGUUGAUGGAUGAAGGAUUUUGGGUUGUCUAGGGGAGGGAUGAUGCUUUGUAAUGUCAUUCUUACAAAUUUCAUAAUGUUCUGGCUUUUCUUUAUCCUUAAUAAAUAUUGAAUGGCUUAAUGAAUCCUUACUCUUCUAAUAUUCUGUCAUUUGCAAACAAUACCAACAGAUAGUUCUCUUCAUUAGGGAAUGUCAUGGAUUAUCUCUUCUUUAUUGCCUAGCUAAGGAGAAAAUGUGUGUGAGAGAGAUGGGAGAGUAGGAGGUGGGGAUGGAAAUGGAUCGCAUUCCUAGUCGGGGAAGAUAAAAGUGGAAUCAAGGAUUAAAAGAACUCCUUGAUGUAAGAUUUAAGGGGAAGUAGAUUAAAUAUUAAGGAAAGAAGUAGAGUUGUGACUUCAAUUUUUAUCCAGUUGG